UCAUUUUCAUUUUUCUUACAGCUAAAAGUUGAUAAGUUGUAUUCGGUGUUACCUUGGCUGAGAAGCCAGCAUCAGCGUGAUGGACGAUGACGAGGAUAUUUGCCGUGUUUGUAGAUCUACAGCGUUUCCCGACCGACCCCUCUUCCACCCUUGUAUUUGUACAGGAAGCAUAAGACACAUACACCAAGACUGUUUGCUACAAUGGCUGCGGCACAGUAGGAAGGAAUAUUGCGAACUGUGCAAACAUAAAUACACCUUUAAACCGAUCUAUAGCCCAGACAUGCCCAAUCGUCUCCCAGUUAGAGAUUUAUUGAAAGGUUUUGCAAGAAGUAUAACAUCUGCAGUUAAAUGUUGGGUGCAUUAUACAUUAGUUGCAAUCGCAUGGCUGGGUGUGGUUCCACUUACAGCUUCCCGUAUCUACAACUGUAUAUUUGCUGGCUCUGUUAAAGUUCUUCUUUCACUGCCAAUGGAUAUGUUAUCGACCAAAAACAUCACUGCAGAUAUUCUACACGGGUGUGUCGUGGUUGCCUGCACGGUGAGCGCGUUUGUUUGCCUCGUGUGGCUGAGGGUACAAAUAAUGAACGGCGACAUGCCUCAAUGGUUGAUGCAGCGACAAGAAGAAGUUGAAGUCAUCGAACCACAGCCGCACAACAAUGAUAGGGAACAAGAAGUAAAUGAACCGGAAGCAAACGACGGGGAAGUUAUCGUCAACAACAACAAUGUCGACGAGGUUAACGUUCCAAACCCUGAGAUCAUACAUGAGGAACCGAUAGCUGAUGAGGUUCAAGAAAAUAAUGACGCCGAUAAUAUCAAUUGGGACGCAAUAAACUGGGAUAGAGCAGCAGACGAGCCAACAUGGGAGAGGUUUCUCGGUCUCGAUGGUUCGUUACUUUUCUUAGAGCAUGUGUUCUGGGUUGUAGCCUUGAACACACUGUUUAUCUUAGUGUUUGCGUUCUGUCCUUACCAUUUAGGACAUUUUAUCUUGCUCAGUGUGGAUCUGAAUACAUAUGUGGUUGCCACACGAUUUGAAGGGGUGUUGACAACAUUAUGUGGGUAUGUUAUAGUUGCUGCUGGGUUUCUAUUAGCACAUGCAGCUUUACAAAUCACAAAGUUACAAUGGCCAGGCCGUGUUUUCGGGUUCUGCUAUAUCAUACUAAAAGUUGGACUUCUGGUAUUAGUUGAAAUUGGAGCCUUUCCAUUGGUUUGUGGCUUAUGGUUGGAUAUAUGUACACUGGAUUUGUUUGAUGCUACAAUAUCAAUACGCAGGGACGGCUACCUUGCUUCCCCAGGAACCUGCAUAUUUGUUCACUGGCUAGUGGGCAUGGUGUUCGUGUUCUACUUUGCAACUUUCCUGAUGUUGCUACGAGAAGUUUUGCGACCGGGAGCUCUUUGGUUCUUGCGCAACUUAAACGACCCGGACUUUAACCCGAUCCAUGAAAUGAUUCACCUUCCAAUUUACCGUCACUGCAGGAGAUUCCUUCUCUCUGUCAUCAUAUUUGGCAUCACUAUUGUUAUCAUAGCAUGGUUUCCCGUCAAACUGAUCGGUUACUGCAUCCCCAACUUUUUACCUUACAACGGCUCAGCCCAAUACACUUCUCCAGUUGGGGAGUUUCCCUUGCAGCUGCUCGUGCUGCAGUUUGUGCUACCAGGUUUGCUGGAGCAAGGACAUACAAGGAUCUGGUUGAAAGGAACAAUCAAGUUAUGGUCAAAAGUCGUUGGAGGAAUGCUGGGCGUCAAAUCAUAUCUACUCGGUGAUGAUGAGCAAAGAGUUAUACUUGUUCCUGAUGAUAAUAAUAACAACGAACCAGCUGAGAACGCGGGUAUUCCACCACUUCAUGCUCAACAUGGAGUAGCUAAUGAAUGGAACAUGACGCAGCCGUACACAGCGCCUAACAUGUUCACUGCUCGACUUAUUCUUCUUCUCUGCAGCGUUUCGAUAUCCUUGACGUUAGUUUCAGCAAUGGUGUUGUACGUACCGGUCACCGUUGGUCGGUUUGUGUUUAACCGAUUGUUUGGUGUGCAUGGGAUCAUAACAGCAACUGGAGACAAAGACAUGGUGAUGCACGAGUUAUACACAGUUGCUAUUGGCCUCUAUAUGUGUUGGUUGGCUGUACGAGUUUGCUUUCUUCUUUCAACGUGGGCACCUCGUCAAUGGAGCGCUGUUCGUAGCAAGGUUGUUGAUGUGAUUUCUACGGGAGUUAAAGCCAUUAUUUUGUCCGUCUUUAUUUGUGGGUUAAUACCUCUUAUGAUGGGGGUUCUAUUUGACUUAGUGGUGAUAAUUCCUCUAAGAGUCCCUGCACACCAGACACCUGUUAUAUUCUUAUGGCAGGACUGGGCACUGGGCGUUCUGCUCUUCAAACUAGUUACAGCUUGUCUAAUAUUCGGUCCUGACAACACGAUUAAAACCGCUAUUGAAGAAGCUUACAACCAAGGUUUGCAGAGGAUGUCUUUGAAAACAACACUGACAGACACAGUUUUCCCAGUGAUAAAAACUCUAGCUCUGUGUUUAACAAUCCCGUAUGUAACUGGGCACAUUAUCCCGGUAAUCUUCAGCACAAAUGAAACCCUGACAGCAUUUUUCUACUGGAGGACAUACCCGUUAAUGAUCUCAUGUGCUUCAUUCAUAUGCUUCUGCAUAUUUGAAAUUAAACAGUUUCAACGUUUAUGCGACCGGAUUAAAAAUGAGCGCUACUUAAUUGGAAAGCGACUAAUUGACUACGAACCAGCGGAGCGUCGCACUUAACUAUUGUCCUUUAUUAAAUGGUGCGAAAAGAAAAAAAAUAUUUAGAAAAAAACGCCAUUUUUUUAUUGCGAUCGCAGUAAAAAAGCCACCAUUCUGUUAUAAUGAAUAUCAAAUGGUUUAAAAUUCAAUUCAUUUCACUGUGUGGUACUUCGUACAUGUAUAUAUAACUGUUGUAUAUUUGCAUAAGCAAGAUGUAGACCUGUACAUAGUGUCCAGAGAUUGCUGCAAUAAUUGUAAAAUAUUUCAUGUGUUUUUCUUAACUUGUUGUGUGUGUGGUUUGGAAUUGAAAUGAACGUAAUUAAGUUUUUAAAAUAAAGAACUGCUUAAGUUGUGUUGGAAA